GACAAAAAAAAAAACAUCAUACUCUGAGAGAUCCCAUUGGUCACUUGCUCAAACCGGAAGCAAAAUAGCCCAUAGAACACGUAAAAACGGGAACAUAAUUUAUUUUUCACUGGGUGACUUCGCACUUAGCGCGCGCCAAUAUUGAUUUCGAAAAUGUGACCGACUACGGUAAUUUCGAGACAAAUAUACUCACCUCAGUUAUGAAAUAUUUCUGUGGGUAAAUUCCAUGGAGCAGCUUUCGAGUUACUUUGGGUUUCGAUUCACCGAUGACCGAUGGCCAACCUUGUAGAAGUUUCCUAAAUGGUUAAUCAAGUUGUUUUGGCUGUUGGUUUGGGUCUAGUCGCUGGAUUGGUGGUGGUAGUUCUGUAUUUACUAUUACAGUAUUUCCGUCAACGUUCUUCAGCAAAUAAUUAUAAAUAUACCCAGCUGACAUCUGAUCCUAGACUUCGCUCGCGGACGAUAAUCAACCAGGACAUUCCACCAUUCUAUAUUCCCCAGCCUGUCUCUAUUCCACAACAACAGCCCGCGAACGGGGAAAUUCAACGAACUGGAAGCAUUUCCAAAGAAGAGUAUCGCCAUGGCCAUGCUCAUUUGUCGGCGACAGUUCACAGUGUCAACGUGCGGCGCAAAGCGGAAGAUAGUGGUGGCAUACAGUUGGAUGCGAUCAACACUGGAACAAUCUCGCCUCCGUCCCUGACACCCAAAUUGCCAAGAACCCCUAGGACUCCGCGAAAAAUUUCGCACUCGCAGAAGCAAUCCUCGAAAGAAAAUCUCUCGAUUCCGCUGCAUAGGAAAGUCGCGGUUCACAAGAAAAACACGGAGAUAAACUUGGGAAAACUAGAGUUUUCACUUUAUUACGACCAGUCAUUUCGUUUACUGCAGAUUUAAGCUACCCGUGGGAUUAAGAUAACGAUUCUGGAGAGCGUUCACCCACCUGAUAUACUCAUCACUGCAUCGAUAAUUUUAAACAGCAAACAAAUUUGGGAACAGAAAACUCGUGUAGUAAAGAAAACAAACAACCCGCAGUUUAAUGAAAAACUGGAGGCAUACGGAAUAACUCCUGGAAAACUUUCAGAA